AUGGCGGAUGACCAGGAGCGGGUUUCUCAAAGUCCUUCGCAUAUCGUCGUUAACAGACAACUACAAGAUUUAGUGAGAACACAAAACACUGCAAUUGUAAAGCUACAAUGUAUGUUGAAGCAAAAAGAUGCCACAAUUCCCAGAGAAGACUACCAAGCCAUUGUAGCCCAGUUGGAUGAAGAACGAUUAGAACACAUGAGGACAAAGACAAAGCUUGCUGAGGAAACUGAGAAAUUACAAUUUGCAGAAGGGCAAAUAAACAUGUUAAAGAGCCAGUUAGAGCGUGAAAAAAAAACAUUUGAAAAUGCAUUUCAGAAGUUGAAGUCAAAGGCUAUUGGUGAAGCUCAAAAAAAUGAUGAGCUGUACAACAAGUGUUUAGAAAUGGAAGGACUUUGCAGUGAAAAAGAUGAUGGUCUAAGUUUUCAAGAUGCAAAAAUCAAGGACUUGAGGUCAAGAAUUGCAAAACAGAAACAGAUGCAUAAACAAUUAGUUGCUAAUCUUGAUAUUGAGUUAAAACAAGAACAAUAUGUUGCACAACAUUUACAAGGAAAAAAAUCUGCCCCAAAAAAGAGAACAACAAGAAGAUAAAUGAUUAUUGAAUAGGCUAUCAAUGUUGCU